AGAAAUAUGAUUGGACGGCCCAUUAGUUGAUUGUGACGUAACAAACAGAACGUAGUAACCGCAAUUGAAAUGUCGCACACUUACAGUGCAGACACAUAUAUUUGCUGUUAAUAAGAGACAAAAUACCUGCAAAAUGGAAGAAAGUCCGCAAAAUGACAACCAAUGUUUAGCGAAAAGCACAUUUAAAGAUACAUGUAUCCUGAUUAGUCCAAACAAUGACGACGUCAUUAUUCCAAUCAGUGCGACGUUCAACAAAGCCGUAUUACACAUUGGUAUAGGAAACGGGUGUGGUAUAUUUAUAGAGAAGUUUGGUAUGAAGACUGACAAAGAGUUGAAAACGUCGGUAAAAUAUGCCACCCGAAGAUUCUCAGACGCUCGUCACCAAAGGAAAAACAAAGGUAAAGACCUAAAAGCAAGUAAAAUGGAAGAUAUUAAGAUUGUAGAUGGAAGUGUCGAAAAGUUUACUAGAGACAUUCAACGUAUGAAAGAAAUUGAUUGUCAGCUGGCUAAGCUAGUCGAACAUCUUUUGGUUCAGGCACCAACGGAAUUCAAAAUUGCAACAGAUACAAUAUCAGACACUAAACCUCUGAAAGAAAAGAAAUCUUUAAAUAUCGAAAACGACAUUACUGCCACUGAUGAAAGUAUUCAAUCUACGAUAGACACAUUUUUAACAUCUGAAAUUAAGAGUGUCGUACGUCGAAUACCAAUGCAUGAAAAAGAAAUUGCUGAAAUUGCUACACCAACUUUGAUUGAGCUAAAUAUGAACACUCAUUUAUACAGGCUUAAUGAAACACAUUUAAAAGAAAAGAGGACAACUUCAUUUGAAUCCAUUGAUAAAACAUAUCAAAAUGAAAUGUUAGAGAUUGCAAAUGAUACAGAAUCAGGUGUCUGUAAACCAAAUUGCAUUUAUCCGUCGACUGAAACUGGUUUUCCACUUACUGCAGAUAUGCAUGUAUAUCUAGAUGAAGUAUUUGUAAUCUCAAAAAAGGGCUCUCAGAUGUUUGAUGAAUAUGUAACAACAAAUAUAGAGAAGAGAAGAAAAGACAAAGAACUAGAAGGUGUAUCCGAAAGUUGUCCGACAAGUGCAGUUGUAAACAUAGAGAAAGAAUACAUAAAAGCAGACAGCAAUUUGUUUGGAGACGUUUUAGAUAAAGACGAAAUUGGUCCAAUUUCAUCUGAUACAAUUGUAGACAAAACAGCCGAUAACGACAUCGAUACGUUGGAUCGUAUCGGCCCGGAUACGUUUGGUGACUUUCUAGAUAGAGAGUCAUAUAAUUCAGUGAGUAAAGAUAUAGGUGCAGUUGAUGACAUGCCAAAUAGUGACACACAAGAUGAUACCUUAAUAGCUUUAGAACCAAAUGACGAAAUCGUAGACAUAAAAGAAUCAGAUGACAAUAUUGUAGACUUUGAACCAAUAGCUCUCGAAGAUGAUCAAGACGAAGUCGACAUAACAGAAGCUAGGAAUGGCAUUGAUGAUACAUAUAUUACAUACAACGAUAUUUUUGACGAUGAUGGUAACCUCUUUGGUAUCAUGGACAUCUACAUAAAGAGUGAUCUACACUUCGACUUACACAACAUACCAGCAUCAGCCGAGCUCUUUCACAAGAAGAAAGACUUUGGAUAUAAAUUCUUUUCAUUUUUAACGUUCUUUAAAUAAUAUAAUAAAGACUAGAAAAAUAGGUUUCAACUAAGUUAUUUUUAUUGUGCCAUAGAUGGUAUCUUAAUCAGACAAAAUCCUGCUUAAGUAACUAUACACUCGGCGGCACUUAUAACCCGACACUUACAUUUUUCGGUAUAAUUUGGUUAUUUGUAACUUAGACCAUACAAAAUUCAACAUAUCAUACUUUUUGUUUACAAUUCAUUGACAAGAAAAAAAGUAACAAAACAAAUAGGCUUCUGUAAAAUGAAAA